CCCGCGAGGUACGGAGGUUAAUCGUCACCGGUAGUGACGGGACCGCGAAAUUUCUAUACGAAAAGAAUAAAAGAGAGAUGGGAACGGGAGGCGGAGAACCACAGGCGUCCGCUUACCCCCACUUCUUUUUCCCCAGAUCCAAAACCCUAAUUCCCCGAUCGCCAUUCCCGAUAUCGCGAGCUUCCACAAGAGAGACCUUCGCCCCCAAAUCAAGGGUUUCGGAACCCUCUUAUAGGCCUCGAAUUCGUCGAUUUUCUCGAAUUUGACAUCCGAUGGCUGGCUCCGGGGGCUCCUCGUCAUCGUCGUCGUCGUCCGCUCGCGGCCACGGCGUCGAUCGUUUCUACAACCCCCCUGCCGUUCGGCGGCAGAUGGAGCAGCAGAAGCUCCUGCAGCAGCAGCAGCAGCGGCGGCGGCAAUCGCCGCCGCCGAGGGCGGCGAAGAUGAAGGCCCGGCCGUCCCCGGUAUCCUUGCCGCCGCCGGUCGAGGUGGCUGAGAACCGGGCCGAAUCGGACGAUUCUUCUUCGAAGCCCUCGGUCUCUUCCUCUUCCUCUUCUCCUCCGCCCCGGCCGCUGCCUCCUGCUGGGAACCUCGACCGGUUUCUUGAGUCCACCACCCCUGUCGUCCCCGUUCAGUACUUCCCUAACACGAGCGUGAGGGGGUGGAGGAACUGCGGGGAAUCGAAGCCAUACUUUUGCCUGGGAGAUCUUUGGGAGUCGUUCAAGGAGUGGAGUGCUUAUGGUGCUGGAGUGCCGCUGGUGUUAAAUGGCAGCGACCGUGUUGUUCAGUACUAUGUGCCAUACCUCUCUGCCAUCCAGCUAUACGCUGACCCGUCGAGGCCGUCCUUGAGAUUGAGGCGACCUGGUGAGGAAAGUGAUGGGGAACCUUACCUGGAUACUAGCAGUGAGGACAGUAGCGAGAGUGAAGCCGAUCGCUUGAGGGAAAGAAUGGCAUCCUUGGGGACUACGAGCCAUCUGGGCCAGGAGGGCUUUCUAAGUGAUGAUGGUGAGGCUUGCAACCCAGCGAUCCUUCCAGUAUUUGAGUACCUAGAGAGGGAUCCACCCUAUGGAAGAGAGCCUUUGGCUGACAAGAUAUCCAUUCUUGCAAGUAAAUUUCCAGAGCUGAAGACAUACAAGAGCUGUGAUCUGCUUCCCUUUAGUUGGAUGUCUGUUGCAUGGUACCCGAUAUAUAGGAUACCAACAGGACCAACAUUAAAAGAUCUGGACGCUUGCUUUUUGACGUUCCACUUGCUGGCUGCACCUCCUAAAGAUACCAGCAGUGCGCAUAUGGAGGUCCCUAACUCUUGUAGUAUUAGGAAUAUCAGCUGCUCCACAGAUAGGUCUACGAAGCUACCAUUGUGUGUCUUUGGGCUUGCUUCAUACAAGCUCAGGGGGUCUAUUUGGAUGACCAAUGGACUGCACGAACGGCAGCUAGCAAGCUCAUUACUGCAAGCUGCGGACCAGUGGCUUCGGCUUCGGCAAGUAGAUCAUCCUGACUACCGUUUUUUCAUCUCCCACUACAAUACAUUUAGGAGGUGAGAGUUUGCGAGGUUUGUAAGUGGCACUUUCCUAAUUAGAUGGUGUAUCGGCCAAAUCAUGGUACUGAACCUACGAUCCUGAUCGCCCAUGGCAUAUAGUUUCUCCUCUUUUUGUCUGUCACAUCAGCAUUUUUUUUAUCCCACAAUUUAUAUGUUUUGCAUAGAUAUUGCUGUGUAAGAUCGUUUUUUGUGGGAUUUACAGAGAAAGCUUUUAGAAUAAAGCUCCGUUUACUAUUUCAGGCAGAAAGUAUUGCAUGUAGUGACAUCAAACCCUAACUGACCUUAGGGUGACAGAAGUUUGUCCAAAUGGGUCUGUCCACAGGUGGCAGUAUAAACUGCACGGUAUGGAUUUUGUGCUAUUGUGUUGUAGCCAUUGGAGGGAUAGAGGAGGUUCCCUUUUGUAUUCUCCUUUGUUCUUGUUC